AUGACGCAAGUCCCUCCUUAUGGGCGUGCGCAAAGACCCCGGGUUACUCUGGUCUGUUUACUGCACGAGCAGGCCGGAAUGAAUAAAUAUGUCGUCAAGCAGGUUAUCGGAGAGGGAGCGUACGGCGUCGUGAUGAAAUGUCGACAUAAAGUGAGUUGCAGACGUCGCCAGCUUGCCGCUCAGACGUCGCAUUUUAUUAUCUCUUUGGUUCAGUUGAACAAUGAGUGGGUUGCAAUAAAAAAAUUCAAGGACGCUGAAGAUGAUAGUGAGGCAAGACGUGCAAUAACACGAGAGCUGUCCAUGUUGCAGAAAAUCAAGCACAAGAACAUCGUCAGUCUAAGGGAAACAUUUCGUCGAAAAGGCAAGCUCUACAUGGUCUUUGACUUUGUUGAGAAGAAUUUCUUACAACUUUUGGAAGAGCAUCCGAAUGGCAUAGAAAUUAGCCUCGUCAGAUCAUACACGUAUCAACUGAUAGCAGCUAUUCACUGGUGCCAUAAGAACGAUGUCAUUCACAGAGACGUCAAACCAGAGAAUCUGCUUAUUAGCUCUGAUAAUGUAGUGAAGCUCUGCGACUUCGGAUUUGCUCGAAGCAUAAUGAGUAGCAGCGCUCCCUAUACUGACUAUGUGGCCACUCGCUGGUACAGAGCUCCAGAACUUCUUCUUGGAGGCUCAUACGGUCCAGCUAUUGACAUUUGGUCAAUUGGUUGUAUUAUGGGUGAGUUGACUGAUGGUAAACCAGUCUUUCCAGGAGAGAGUGAAAUCGAUCAGUUAUAUGUCAUUCAGAAGGUGUUGGGUCCAUUACCCGAUGAUCUAAUGAAUCUAUUCUCAACGAGCCCUCGCUUCUCAGGGCUCAAGUUUCCGCCCGUACAGCAACCAUCCAAAUCUCUCGAUGAUCGUUAUUCAAGCAGACUAGAUACAGAAAUGCUGGACAUUUUGAAAAGUGUGUUGACCAUGAGUGCUAGCCAGAGACCAACGGCUAGUGAUUGUCAAGAGCAUGCAGCUUUUACAAACGUUUGUUCAGUGGAGAAGCGCGAAACUGAACCAGUGGAGAGAUUAGAUGAGAAAGCUCAAUCAGUUGUGGAUACUAGAGGGCAGCAAGACUUGAGCACAACUGCAGAGAACUCGGAGCUAUUGAGACGACUUUCUGAUAGCAAAAAUGGAAGUAAAAAACCUGUAGGAAUAAUCGAGUCUGUAGCUAAUUCCAUCACUAAUGCUAACGAGGAACACACCAGUGAGCACAUUUGUCGAUCCGGCCAGAGUCAAGAGCCUACAGAGCAAGGCAGAGGUACAGAAGUCAGUAAUCCGGGCGAAGACGUACAUCCUGAUGUUAAAGCAAUGAGAUCUCGCUGGGCAACUGCAGAUGCAGACAGAGUGAUGGAUGAAACAACAGGUAGCAGGGCACCAGCAGCAGCACCGUUGAAGAAACUGAAGGGAAAAAAGUCUGCUCAGUCAACUGACAUGAUGUGUCCAGUUAUGGACUUCAACCAGUCGAUACCAGACAGUUUGUCUGCAAGGAGUGAUAGACGAGUGUUGGACCACGAUAAUGGAACUACAAUGUCAUCUCUUCUGGCGCAGCCAAGAAAGGGAACAACCCACUUAACCUCACUACAUGAUGGGACAGAAGAGCCUGGUGCUACUACAGUGGUUGCUGGUAGAGAGGCAGAGACAGUGCAGUGUCUACUUCCGAUGCCUCGUGGGAAGUACGGCCAAGCAAAGUCACCGUCUUUGGCACUGCGAGGCGGUCACAACCUGCUGAUGAAGAAUCAAUCAGCAAGCCUACUGACAACCGAACUGGGUCCGAACAGAACUGCAACUCAUGCAAUCUCAUCGCUCAUACAAACAAGAGGAAGCGACUCGAUUUUCCAAAACAAUCCAUUGCCAGUUGUCAUUACCGAGUCAGAGUCAGCGAUUAGAGACCCAGUAAGACAGCGUAUGUCAAUGGGUCACUCAUAUUCACGAGCACCAGUCACGUCGACUUCGGGACUGCUCAGAGAUUAUAAAACAGCCGGUAUCAACCUCAAUCAAAGCUACCCACCACCACAGUUAAAUCACGAAAGAAGACGAAGACACAGAGUGAAGGCCCACAGUGCCAGAAAGGCAGAAGAACCUUCACUGGGAACAAAGACUUCAAUGACAAGACGUCCCAGUGAUCUCCAACACCCGUCUCUCCUACCGUCAAAUCCAUGCGACAACAAACUCCUCAACACCCAAGAUCUCAUGUCAGUCACAGUGUGUCGCAUACCGCCAUUACUAGCAGCCGCAAAUGGUCACUCCCCUGUCUUACCAUGCCGUCCAAUCCUCAAACACAUUGACUCAAAACAUCAAGACAACGAACAGAGACAAGAGUUUGUCCUACCGGAAACGGUAUUCGACAACCCGGGAGAGAAAAUCCGACUAAAGCCAUUGAAAUUGCCUUCGUCGGCCAACACGGGUAAGACACGUCGGAUGCCGUUGGAGCAGAUACAUUGUCGAGCACCGGCGAAAUCAAGAGAUGACGGAGGUUUACCUCCAAACGUGUCUGGACAGCCUGAUGACAGCUAAUAAGAUUGGGCCGUUCAUGGUUGCCCUGCAACUAUCGCACAUCCUAUGGGCAUUGUGCCCUGUCUGUAUAGCUUAGGUCUAUAUAGCUUAGAGGUAUCGCAGUUGAUCACAGUUUACGAUUGCUGUUUACGUAGUAAAGAGAAUU